AGGUAGGUAAGGUAUCCUAUCAAAAGGAUCGGGCGGAAUGAAUUUCUGAAGAAUGUGGUUAUAUUUUAUUAAUUAUUGUCAAAAUUUAUUGAAGUAUGAUUUUAUUACGCAUUAAUUAAAUAUAAAUAACUGUGCAAUUAUAAAUAAAAAUCUUAUGAUCGAAGUUAAACUGCUUUUCUCUUUGAUAUAUUAUUAUCGCGGGAAAACAGUGAAACGUUUGACUACUAUAAUGGCCGCAAGAGCGCCAAUGCUGUUGAGUUAGCUGUUAUAAAAUGAAAUACACCAUUAGAAAUAUGUGUUUAUUUGUUGUUCUCGAGUUAAGUUAUAGUGUUUGAGAUGGAUACUAACGCUGAGGUCUCCACCCAAGCUCUGAUAGAUGUAAUUCUGAGCAACCUUCACAAAACGAUACCACCAUGUGCUAGUAUAAAGAAUGAGAAAAAAGAAGAAGAAACACAGAAUGCCAUGCCAGACUCUACAACCAACACGGAGAAAAACAAUGCCAAUCCUUUCCACUGUGGCGAUGAUGUUCUUGUACCCAAUAAAGAUGGAAGAUAUUAUUUAGGAACGAUUGUCGAGCUAAGUACUAGCAAUGAUAAUGAUUCGUGCGAGGUUGGCACGGGUGUGGCUCAGUGUCUCGUCAAAUUCGGCGACGGGACGCAUUCGUGGGCUCCCGUGGCUACGCUCAAAUUGCUCAGCGCUCCGCCGGCAGACGAUGGCCGCAUCAUGUGCGUGGUCUGCAAGAGACGCGAGGGUCCAGCGGCCAGCCCCGCUACCAAUGCUAUUAUCGCCUGUGACAUGUGUGGCCGAGGCUAUCACGCGAAAUGUCAUUCGCCGCCAGUCGAUUCUUGGAUUAAUGGAGCAUCAUGGCAUUGCAAGAGGUGUGUCGACCAAAGGUACCGGGUAGCAGCAGCCGAGAACCGCGCAUCGAAGAGAUCGGACCUGUUCAGAUUCAAGGGCGGCCCUCAGAGACGGCAGCAGCAAGAGUUGACGCCUCCUUGUGAUACUGCAUCCACAACUUCGUCGACGGCCUCAGAGGCGGGAAAGGAUCAAGAUGAGGCUCAUUGUUAUUGUGGAGAGAAAAGUGAUUGGCUGGCUCAGAUGUUACUAUGUUGUCGCUGCUCUCGUUGGUUUCACCAAAGAUGCGUGUCCAGUUUACAGUAUCCAUUAUAUGCCGGUGAUAAGUUGUACAUAUUUGCAUGCGCGGAUUGCAAUGGAGGGAAGGAAUACUUGAGACGUCUGGAGUUGUGCUGGCGGGACUUGGCACACCUGGCGCUGUAUAACCUCACCGCGUGUAAUGCGCCAAACUAUUUCGACCUAGAUAAUGUUAUAAUGCCAUACAUCAUGGACAACUGGCACGCAUUACAAUUACCUGAAAAGAUGUGGCGGACUCCAGUGAACGAGAGGCGCGAGCGCAUUCUGACCGCACUGACGUCGUCCCGGAAGCGCUUCAAGUGCGGCCGCGAGAUGAAGAAGCGAGCCACCAUCUGGGGGCUGCGGCUGCGGAAACCGCCGCCCCCGCCGCUGCAGCUGGCCGCCCUGCAGCAGAUUAAAAAAGGAGAGCCUUUGACUGACGAGUUAGUUAGGACUUACGCACCUAGACUACGCUUCCUGCCUCGGGUCUCUUCCCCGCAAUCUCAGUCAUCUAUUGAUGAUAGUUCAACACCAUCUAGUAGUAACAAUGAUAAUAGUUCCUAUAAACGCCACAAUCAGCAAAUGAUUGUACCCAUCGAUGGCCAUUGGUUGAAUUUAAUGAUGGGCAAGCGCUUCCAUGAAAACCUUAAUUCCAAUUCAAAUUCUGAGAAUGAUUCUACUAGUUCCUACGAAUCCGUGAAACCCGCUGAGAAUGAUGAGCAGCGUUCUCCUUCAGUCUCCACAUCCACCGCUAGAAAGUCUGAUGCCAAAGAUGUUACUUUAGAUAAAACAGAAUUAAACGAAAGUCAAGUAAAUGAAGCUAAACCACUCUGUGAAGAACCUCAAGUGCCAUCUCUGAAAACGUCACUAGUUCCAUGCUCUGUAAAGUUAGAUAAAAUACCAAAAGAAGUUGAACGAGGUGAUAUAACUAACAACAUAAAUCUUAAUACACAUUCUACUAGAAUAGCAACAAUGAAUUUAGAAAUAUCUAAGCUAUCUACUAAGAAUAUCAUUGAACAUUCCAAGAUAAUGUCUCUGCAACAUAUGGAUAACAUAAUACCUUAUAGCAGCAAUUUCUGCCAUGACAUUGAGUCCUCGGGAGAUGAGACCUCCAGCAGAGGCACGCUAGAUGCCAUCAUACCACCAUUAAAAGACUUUCAGGGUAAAAAUAACCCCUUUUUAAUGCAACAUACUUCAAAGAUUUCUCUUUCCUCAAACAUAAACAAGAAAUUAAAUCCAUACUACUCAAGGUUUUCGUUGCCUUCUCAAUUAAAUCCCAUGAUGAGCCCAAUGAUAAGGCCUCUGAAAAGAAAACUUAGUGAAAAGGAUAUAGUAGUAGGUCCAAAUGGAGAAGUAAAACGUAGAAAAUUUAGACGGCCAAGAAAAUAUUUGCAAAUGCAGUUGAACAAGUCAUGUCCCCUGCCAGACGACAACAAAACUGUUCAGCCCCCAAAUGAAAAUGGAGAACUCGCCCCUCCGAGCCAACACAACAAUAACGUUAAGUUUCAUGGCAGAAGACUGAGACAGCGACAAGAGAAGAACUAUUACGAGAACGCGCGGCGAAACACGAACAAUAACUCUAGUAAUAACAAUAGUGUGAAAAGUCUGCAGCUGAGUCCGCACAAGAUAAAUAAUAGCGUGACGGAAGUGGACGCUGCGCAGUUGUCGGCGUUGAAGUCCAGCGUGCAGUCGUACUUCCGAGCGGGGCAGACCUUCCGAGUGCUGGCGCGGCGGUUGCAGCCCGCCGCGCCCCCCGCCUACCUCAUCGAGUGGGACUCCAUCGCAUAGUAGUGCGCCAUUACAUGAAUUUAUUUAAAUAUACAUAUUAUUCUGAUAAUAUAUUGUAAGUGCUUGUCUGUAGUCUAAUUUAGUUGUACAGUAAGUUCAAGGAAUGUGAUAUAUUAUUAUUCCAAUUUGA